AUGGGGAUUUCCGCUGCCGCGCCUUUGAAAUAUUUCUUCACGACUGGUGGAACUGAUGAUGCGACCGAGGAAUGUCCCUCGGUUACCAGUUGCUCGGAUGCCGGCAGAGAGACGCAAAUAAAACCAGCUGAGAUUGAGCAUUCGCCAGCAUCAAGCGCUGAAGAGAGACCCAUACUGGGCUCUGGCUCGAAUGUGGCCAGUGGUGUGGUAGUCCCAAUGGUCAGCCUCUGGUUACCACAAGGUAGCCAAACCACGGACAGACACAUACCGAGGCAAGAUGAUACCUCGAUGCCUGACGCUGAAACCUUGAGCUCCUCUCUGCACCAAUCCGAACACGCGAUGGUCGACCAUGAGCGUGUGCUGCUUGGGAGACCUGUGGGUGAGAGCACUGGCCGCAACGGGCACGUUGGGAACUUGCGACCGAACGAGUCCGAUGUCAAGAACCUGCCAGACCGAUUGGACGUUCAGGGCUCCUUGUUGGACGAAAUCGGGUGCCGUACGACUCGGCACAGGAGUGACUCCGGUAAUGCUGCAGGUCUCUUGUUGCUCACCCUCGUUGAGCUCGGCAACGGCUUCAUGUUUGCGCGGAAGAGGCAGAGAUCGGCAUCACAAAUACUGAUACGUUAUCUUGAUCUCCUUGCAGUAAUCAUCUUUUUCGACGUUGCACUGGCAGAAUUCGGACAGGAACAUACCGUGUGGCCACAAAUCUGGGACGCUCGAGGGGAUCACGAAAACGACAGGCCUGACGCCGAAGCAAUAGAGAAUUUGAUGCCCGGUCUCAGGACUGUCGAUCGCAUACGUGACUCUUAUUCGGUACUGUGCUGGGUCACCUCAACUACGGUCCUAGUUUAUGCGCCAGCGAUCAUGCAUAAAUACAGUUUCGUCAAGCCUUGUCGGGGAGUAGUAUUUGUCUUGACUUCUACACCUACAUUAGGCUUCAACGUUUCCCAACUUCUGGAUUCUUUUCUCGAUAUCUGGGCUUUUUUUGUUAUCCUCGUUCUUAUUUUCUCCAAUGCCAUGAGAAAGAAGAAGGGUCUCUGGACGACUCUGCAGCCGUGGAUGAAUGGUGUUGCUCUGACAUUGGUACAACGAGUGCAUCCAAUUUAUGUCCCAGGGCCUCCUCAACACCGGCAGCCUCAAGGGAACAUCAUGUACUACACUGAUCAGUCCGUUCCCUAUCAAACGCCGGUUCAGCUACUAUACCCGGGCCUAGUGAACUAUCAAGAAAGUGCCAUUCCAGCUUUGACACAAAACGCGAUGGCACCCCUGGAUAUCCAAUUGCGACUGAGGAAGGGGAACCAUUAG